AUGUAUCCCGAGGAUCCGGAUGAGCCGUCAUUGUCUAGCUCUUCUUCCGAGGAUGGUGAUGAUGAUGGACAAGAAGACAUGGAAAAUUUGGAAGCAGAAAUAGCCGAGGUUUCACAACAGGCAAGUGGACAAACCCAAUCAAGAACAGUUGAGACCAACCCCUACCUCUAUGACGCGCACACGCGGCUCAUAACGCUUCUGCGCAAAGCCAGUGAACUCGAUCGACUGCGCGCGGCCCGAGAGCGCAUGUCCCAGCACUUCCCCCUCACUCCUGAACUAUGGCUUGAGUGGAUCAAAGACGAGAUGUCCCUUCUGACCGAUGGGAACGACCGGGAACCUGUGUACAAGCUUUUUAAAAGGGCGUUGGCUGACUACCAGAACGUGGACGUCUGGCUGGAGUACUGUCAGUUUGCCAUCGGCGGAAUGGCAGUUGGGGAAGCAAACCAGUUGGACCGCACCCGCGCCGUUCUCGAGGAGGCUUUAGCCAAUCAGGGGCUCAAUUUUCGGCAGGGUGCCCUUCUCUUCGAGGUCUAUCGGGAGUUCGAAAUCAUCUGUUAUGCACAGUUGCAAUCUGAGGCACCAUCGGACACUGUGGCCAUUACCAACCAACUGAAGAAAAUCGACAGCAUUUUCAGGCGCCAAUUGAGCACACCCCAUGUUGAUUUGGAGGAAACCAUGACAGAGUACAAAUCCUUCCUUGAAGGGAUUGGGGCUGGUCUAGUCAAGAUAGACGAGAACAGCGAGGAAGGUGGCGUUUCUGCCGACUGUUUGGCCGCCUACACCGCUGCUCAGACCAAAUGGGAUGCUGUGGAGCCUUACGAAUCCGCUGUCUCUGACGCCGAGGGUGACGAAAAGGCUCUUCUCCUGGCUUGGGAGGCCUACCUGAACUGGGCCGUGAGCAAGGCCCCGCGCAAGGGCAAUCGAGCCAACGUGGCCAAGAAGGCUGCCUCUGGUCCCACGGAUGUCAGCUUCACGCCUCUUGAGGUGCUCUGUCUCUUCGAGAGAGCCAUCACAGAUCUCUGUCUACAACCCUCCAUUUGGCUUCAAAUGGCCGACUAUCUAGAAGUCUUCGUCUCCGCCGAUUUGACCCGUUUGGUAUCGACACUGUCGCGUUCUGUGCGGAACAUCCCGUGGAGUAGUCAACUUUGGUGUCGAUAUGCACUAGCUUGUGAGGCACGGGCUUGGGCUCUUGCUGUGGAGUCCGCUCCUGAAUCGAUGAAUAAUGGUGGCAGUAGUCAAGAGGCGAGCCAACUCAGCAAGGAGCUUGACGUAGUUCAGGAGGUCUAUGAGAGCGCGUUGAAGUGUGGAUUUCCGUCAGCCGCUGAUCUCAGUGCUGUCUGGAUCGCCUACUGUGACUUUCUUCUGCGUCGCCUCCGUCAUUCCACUGAAUCUGAUAGCGAACCUUUUCCGGAUCAGGGUGACCAGGACUGCUUGAUUUAUCGUUAUUGGGCGUUUGUUGAGGCAAAGUUUUUGGACAACAAGGAGCGCGCCCAAGAUCUCUGGACUCAAAUGACAAAAACCGGACACAACGGCAGUAAACCGGCCUUUUGGCUCGCCUACUUAGACUUCGAAAAGAACCACGGCGACUUGGAUCAUCUUGUGCGAGUAGCCGGAAUGGCGGUGAACUCGGUGACCGGGGAGUAUGCAGAGACGGUGUUCCAGGCGGCUCGUCGGUGCCUGGCCGAAAGCGGCAUCCACCUGAGGCGGCUGCGCGAUUUCGAUGUGAAGGUCGUCCAACGCAGGGCUCAUCUAUCCAGCGCUGUAGCCUCAAAGAAGGAGAAAAAGGAGCAGGACGCUAGUGCCCAGUCGCUUCAGCAGAAGGGCAAGCGUCCAGCCGGUGGUAGUGAGGCCCCUCCACCGGCGGCCAUUUCCAAAAGUGGAAAGAGGAAAACGGAGGCAUCUCAUGAACCCCCGAUCAAGCGAUCAAAGAAAGAUGGCGAAGAUUCUUCGAAAGAAGUGAGUGAUGCCGGCGCUAGCGAGAAGCCCAGCAAACCGAAGCACGGCGAGUCGGUGCCCCACGACCCAACCAAGGACGACCGGACCGUCUUUGUCAGCAACCUUCCUUUCGCCACCACUAAAGAAGAAUUAGAAACUAUAUUUAAGCAAUGUGGCAAACUGGCCUCCAUCCGCAUUGUUCGCGACUACGCGGGCAAAUCGAAGGGUUUCGGCUAUGUGGAGUUUGAGGACCCUUCUUGCGUUCCUUCGGCUCUGGCAAUGGACCGACAUCCGAUAGAGGUGCCUGGUGUUGACGUUGGUCGUCCAAUGUUCGUCUCGGUCUGCGAGACAAAUCGCAAGGCCGGGACUAAGGCAUUUGCCUACAGCACUGGAGGACCCGAACCGAAGAAGCUCUUCGUUCGCAACCUCGACAAACAAGUGCGGGAAGAGGCGUUGAAGACGUUUUUUGGAAAGUAUGGUCAAGUGACGGGAGUGCGAAUAGCAACAUUCCGGAACGGAGUGCCCAAGGGUCUCGCGUAUGUUGAGUUUGCAACAGAAGACGAGGCGAGUCGAGCCCUUGUCGCCACUGACGGCGUUGUGAUCGGAUCCAAGGCCAUUUCCGUUGCCAUUAGCAACCCGCCUCAGAGGUCCUCCGGGCAAAGCGACGGUGGCGCCUCCUUAACCCAGGCGUCCCAUGCUACGAAGGCGGCAACAUCGGCACCUGCGUAA